GGCACGACAGGGAUGUUUCGUUCACAAUCCACGUUGACGCCAUCUGAAAAUCGACCAGUUGCUGCAAAGUCAAGAUCGCAGCAAACGUGUUAACAUUGAACGGCACUGUAGAUAGACUACGUAUGUUUGUGCGAUGGAGAUUUAAACUGAUCUCUUGGUCACCGAUCUGAUUCGCGCUCUCCACGCGUCCCCGGACUUUACCUGAGAGAAUCCUUCGCAGGCACGGCCGGGAUGUCGGACACCACCAGGAGCUCCUUUAACACCCAGCUCACCUCUGUCAUGGAAUCCCUUCUCACAGCUGCGGUGUGCGAAAUCACAAAGAUUUUUGAGGGUAGUCUCUCUAACUCCCAGAUGGAAAUAGCCCAAAGUAGAGAGGAAGUCAAAUCCCUGAAACUACAGCUGGAGGCGUUGGAGCGACGGCUGAGAGAAGUGAGUGAGUCUGAACGUACAGAGAAGAGGAUGGGUCAGACCUUGGACCCCAGUAGCUUGGUUAAGUCUGCUGAUGCAAAUUCAGAUCCAGGGUCUGAGGACAAUGGACCACUCCUACAGCCAGAUGCUCUUACCUGGAGAGGAGACUCCACCAUCGGGGAGGGCUAUGAACAGCCCUGCAUGGUCAAAGAUGAGGUGGAGGUGACGGAGCUGGAGUGUGUCAGCUUCACCCAAGGGGGAGCUGAGGUAGUCUCCAUCGUACUGAAAGAGGAGGUGGGGGAGUCCAGUCCAGGGGUUCAGAGGCUCAUGGCUCCUCUCCCGGCUGCAGAACAGGUGAAUAGUCAAGGAGCUCAAAAGGAAGGCUUCCUUUGCAGGAGGGUGAAGCCCAGGCCUGGUCGCAACCCAGAACUCUUGGUGGGUUUGUUAACAGAAAGGCCAAGGUGUGCGCCGACCCAGCCCGGUCUUCUCAGACCCACCCACAGCGUAAAUGGGUUCAAUGUCCUGGGACCCAGUGGAAACAGACAGGAUGGCCCUCAAGUGGAGUUCAGAGAUGUACAAGGGUGUGAGAAUGCAGUUGGUGAAGGAACACGUUGCACUGCCCAGACAAGUCAGGUAAACAAUAUCGGGCGGGGCCACGCAACGCUAGAGAGCUCCUGUUUCCAUCCCCUUCCUGACAGUGCUGAUGGAGGAGUUACUGAUCUGUAUCGCUGCUGCCCAGAGUCUGUCCUCCGUAAUUCAGAAGCAAACCUCUCUAUGGACUUCAGUAAACUACCAUGCACAGUUGCACAAGCAAAGACGACAGUCCCGAACAACCUCCAGAGUCAGGCCUUGCUUCCACACUGUGAGGAAACACUGCACUCGUGCUCCCUGUGUGCAAGAGCUUUUGUUAGCCCAUCUCAGCUUAAGCUGCAUAUGCAGAGUCAUACUGGGGACAAGCCGUAUCCGUGCGCUCAGUGCUCGAAGAGCUUUGUCAGCCCGUCUCACCUGAACGUGCACAUGCGAGUUCACACAGGGGAGAGACCGUACUGUUGCACCCAGUGCGGGAAGAGAUUCGCUCACAACGGGAACCUCAGAGCACACCAGCGGCAGGUUCACCUGGGGAAGAGACCGUUUCCCUGCACGGAGUGUGGGAAGAGGUUCACUAAGAGGGGGAACCUCAGGACUCACCAGCAGCAGGUACACCUGGGCAAAAGACCCUUUACCUGUAUGGAGUGUGGGAAGGCUUAUUUUUCUCUGAGGGACCUCAGGAGUCACCAGAGGGUCCAUACUGUGGAAUAGGCCAUACCCACAGUGUCCACCAGGUGGGACUGUAGAACUCAUGAGAUGUGCACUCCCAGAACACCUCAAAGCAUUGUGGUGAACAGGCGUAAAGGUGUGAGUUUUGACUGAAGUCAAGGCACAGAACUGAACAGCACAGGUUUAUGAGCAUGUAAACCGUAGCAGUUUCAUUAUGUCUUUUCAACUUUUCAAUCUGUGGAAGUCACUUUUUUUAAUAA